UCCAUCAGCGGCCUCGAAUAUGAGGCGACCACAAUGCUUGGGAUGGCUUCUCAUGGUUAACAUCCUCAUGGCAACAGCGUGCGUCUCCUCCACGCUCAGGGCCGCCUCCUUCUCACGCUCCCUACAUCGCGCUUCUCGCCGCCUCUCUCCCAGGCUACUCCGCAAAUCACGUCCUUGCCCUCUCUGGUCUUCUUCCUUCCUCUUCUGCCUCCACUCGCUCCCACGAACCACCCCUCUUCGCUCUCCACUCUGCCUCGCUCCUCUCCCGUCACCGUCUCCGGCGCGCUUCCGGCCAAUGGCGUCCUUGGCUUCGUCGGAGGUAAUGGAUCCUUCGCUCGCCGACAAUCCCCUACUGCAGGCCUGCGUCUUCCCUCCUUUCGAUGUCGUGGAAGCGAAGCACGUUCGGCCGGGGAUUCGCGCAAUACUGAAGGAGCUGGAGAACGAAUUGGCGGCAUUGGAGAAAAACGUUGAACCGAGUUGGGAAAAAUUGGUUGUUCCUUUGGAGAAGAUAAUCGAUCGUAUCACCGUUGCUUGGGGAAUAGUGAACCAUCUCAAAUCCGUGAAAGAUUCGUCUGAGAUGCGCACGGCGAUCGAGGAAGUUCAGCCAGAGAAAGUGCAAUUUCAAUUAAGAUUGGGCCAAAGCAAGCCCUUAUAUAAUGCAUUUAAAGCUAUGCAAGAGUCUUCAGAUUGGCAAUUUCUGAGUGAUGCUCGUAAACGUCUAGUUGAAGCUCAGAUAAAAGAAGCUGUUCUCAAUGGCGUGGCCCUGGAAGAUGAGAAAAGACAGCAGUUUAAUGAAAUUCAGCAGGAACUGGAAAAACUAUCACAAAAGUUUGGUGAAAAUGUUCUAGAUGCUACUAAGAAGUUUGAGAAAUUGAUCACAGACAAGAAUGAACUUGAUGGGUUGCCUGCGACUGCACUUGCUCUGUUUGCCCAAAUGGCAGCAUCCAAGGGACAUGAAGGUGCCACUGCUGAAAAUGGUCCCUGGAUGAUUACACUAGAUGCUCCUAGCUAUCUUCCAAUUUUGCAGCAUGCACGGAAUCGGUCUUUACGCGAGGAAGUUUAUCGUGCAUACAUAAGUCGUGCCUCUGAUGGGGAUCUUGACAAUACGUCUCUUAUUGACCAAAUUCUGAAGCUACGACAGGAGAAGGCAAGAUUGCUUGGGUACAAGAAUCAUGCAGAGGUAAGCAUGGCAAUGAAAAUGGCAACAGUUGAAAAGGCUGGAGAACUAUUGGAAAAGCUCCGGAGUGCUUCUUGGGAUGCUGCGGUUAAAGACAUGGAGGACCUUAAGAUUUUCUCAAGAGAGCAGGGUGCAGUUGAAGCAGAUGAUUUGAAACAUUGGGACAUUACCUUUUGGAGUGAAAGACUUCGUGAAUCAAAGUAUGAUAUAAAGGAGGAGGAGUUGCGCCCAUUUUUUUCAUUACCAAAAGUUAUGGACGGACUUUUUGGACUUGCAAAGACAUUAUUUGAGAUUGACAUUGAACCUGCUGAUGGAGCUGCUCCAGUGUGGAAUGAUGAUGUUAAAUUUUAUCGUGUGAAAGAUUCAGCUGGCAAUCCCAUUGCAUACUUCUAUUUUGAUCCUUACUCUAGGCCUUCAGAAAAACGAGGUGGUGCAUGGAUGGACGAGGUUGUUGGUCGAAGUUUUGCACUCUCACAUGAUGGUACCUCUCCCAGGCUUCCUGUGGCACACAUGGUUUGCAAUCAAACACCUCCAGUGGGGAGUAAACCCAGCCUUAUGACUUUCCGUGAGGUUGAGACUGUCUUUCAUGAAUUUGGUCAUGCACUUCAACAUAUGCUCACAAGGCAAGACGAAGGUUUGGUUUCUGGCAUCCGGGGAAUAGAAUGGGAUGCUGUGGAGUUGCCUUCUCAGUUCAUGGAGAAUUGGUGUUACCACAGAGAUACUUUAAUGGGCAUUGCUAAGCACUUUGAGACUGGUGAAAAUCUUCCUGAGGAAGUGUAUCAAAAGCUGCUUGCUGCUAGGACUUUCCGUGCAGGUUCGAUGAGUCUUCGCCAGAUAAGGUUCGCAAGCGUUGAUUUGGAACUGCACGCUAAUUAUACACCUGGUGGAACAGAGUCAAUUUAUGAUGUUGACCAGAGGAUAUGUAAGAGAACACAAGUGAUGCCACCAUUACCAGAAGACAGGUUUCUGUGUAGCUUCAGUCAUAUUUUUGCAGGAGGAUAUGAUGCUGGGUAUUAUAGUUAUAAGUGGGCUGAGGUAUUGUCAGCUGAUGCAUUUUCAGCAUUUGAGGAUGUGGGAUUGGAUGACCAUGAGGCUGUCAAAGAAACUGGCCGUAGGUUCCGAGAAACCAUACUUGCUCUUGGUGGUGGAAAGCCGCCUCUACAAGUUUUUGUGGAAUUCCGUGGCCGCGAACCAUCUCCAGAUGCCCUGCUGAGACACAACGGCCUUUUGCCCAUGGCUGCAUCUGCAUGACCUUUGCAAAUUUUUAGGUUCAUUGGGUAGUUUUAGCAGAUAGAUGAUUCAUAGUUCUCAAUCCGUCUGAUAUUGCUUUGCUAGCGAUAUUAUCUCUCUCCCUUUUCGUUUUCUUAUGGGUGUAUUUAUUUGAGGGGAGGUGUGUGUGUAUUGGCGGACGAGGUUUUUUUUUUUUUUUAAAUCUUAAUGACGAUGUUUCGGUGUACGUCAAAACAAUUAAGCAUGGCAUUUCAAUCACCAUGGUAUUGCAAUGGCAAUAAUUGUAACGAGAAUAAUAAUUUCGACAUUUGCACUCCAUUGCAAAAGGGAGGCUUGAAUAUUCCUUA